AUGGAUGGCAUGAGUAGUAAGCACCUUGACAAAGAACAGCUUCACCAGGCCAAAGCCACUAUCAUUCGCACUGUGCAGAGAGAGGUCUACACAGACGGCGUCUGGAAUGAUCGAGUGUGUCCACCCAGUCAUUCUACCAAACGAGACACUGCGGCCUGCCACAGCUGCAGCCUGGCCAGCUGCAGCCUGGCCAGCUGUAGACUGCCCCAGCUGCAGACUGCCCCAGCUGUAGACUGCCCCAGCUGCAGACUGCCCCAGCUGCAGCCUGCCCAGCUGCAGCCUGCCCAGCUGCAGCCUAGCCCCUGCAGCCUGCCCUGCUGCAGCCUGCCCUGCUGCAGCCUGCCCUGCUGCAGCCUGCCCUGCUGCAACCUAGCCCCUGCAGCCUGCCCUGCUGCAGCCUGCCCUGCUGCAGCCUGCCCUGCUGUAGCCUGCCCUGCUGCAGCCUGCCCUGCUGCAGCCUGGCCCCUGCAGCCUGCCCUGCUGCAACCUAGCCUCUGCAGCCUGCCCUGCUGCAGCCUGCCCUGCUGCAGCCUGGCCCCUGCAGCCUGCCCUGCUGCAACCUAG